AUGUCAAAUUCAAUAAGAGAUGAGUAUCUGAAAAAACCAGUGAUUACUGAAGUACUCUCUCCAGCAUUAUGUGCUAGUGGUUAUGGUCCUGUGGGACAUUUAUUAACAAAAUGGUUACCGAAAAGAAAUUUUUGUGAAUUAUUAAUUGGAAACAAUGAAAGCCCUGAUAUUUCGGACGAGUCUAAAUGGCAAAGACGAAAAGAAUUAUUGAAAGAACUUGCAAGAACUUCAAAUAUCUAUGCAGAAGAUAUGACACAAGAAAUGUUUAUGUUACGGUUUUCUGAAUUUGUUGAAGUACAAGAAUUGGAACCAUGUGAUCGAAGCGCUGAUAAACCAUGGAUUAGAUUAACAUCAAAAGAUAAGGCACAAAUUCGUAGGGAGUUAAAUGAUUACAAAAUGGCCGAAAUGGAUGUACAUCAAGAUAGUCGACAAUUCACUAGAGAUAUAUUUGGUUUAUAUGUCGUUACAGAGUUACAUAGUUUGAUAAAUACGAAAGAUAACUAA